GGAACUUAACUGAUGCACAAAAAAUCUCAAGCUUAAACAAAACCACCCUAGCAAUUAUAGUAAUCUCAUACGCAGCUGGAUCAGUUUGGAAAUUCAUCUUCUUGUCACCUUCAAGAUUGAACAUUCAGUAUUCGAUCCAGAAAGUUGAAAGAUAGAAACUAUAGAUAGAUACUGCAAAGGAAUGAAGCAAUAUUAAACUGUUUACGGUGCAUGACCCAUAAGAUAGAAGGUGAAGGUGAAGGUGAAGGUGGAGGUGAAGGUGACAUUGAGCCAAGCACAAUUAGAUCCAAAGUGCAAAAACCGACUCCAAAGUGGAAAAACCGACAAUCUGAUUAGCGUAUUGCUAUUUAUCGAACAUUCGGCGAAUAAACAAGAACAUAGUACUACAGAGAUCGCACAAAGAAACGCAACGGAUGAAAAUAGCAGAAGAUAUACAUACGUUUACAUGUACAAGCACAAGGAGAGAGAGGGAAAAGGAGAUACCUGACGUUGAUUCUUGCUUCUCAGUUGGGAGAUUUUGAUUCUAGUACCCGAUUUUAGAUCUUCUGAGAUGGCAAAGAACGAAUCAACCACUGUGAAGGAUGCUGUUCACAAGCUGCAACUCUCUCUCCUCCAAGGCAUUAAAACUGAAACCCAGCUAUUUGCUGCUGGUUCAUUGAUAUCGCGGAGUGACUACCAAGAUGUUGUCACCGAGCGGUCAAUCGCCAACAGUUGCGGUUACCCUCUUUGCAACAACCCUUUACCCUCAGACCAACCCCGGAAGGGCCGGUACCGCAUUGCGCUAAAGGAGCAUAAAGUUUAUGAUCUCCAUGAGACUUACAUGUACUGUUCGACGAGCUGUGUUGUAAAUAGCGGAACGUUUGCGGGGAGUUUACAGGAAGAGAGAUGUUCAGUUUUGGAUUCGGCAAAACUAAAUCAGAUUAUGCGGUUGUUUGAGGGAUUGAGUUUGGACCCAAAAGAGAAUUUGGGGAAGAAUGGGGAUUUAGGAUUAUCCGAGUUGAAGAUUCAGGAUAGAACAGAUAUUAAGGCGGGGGAAGUUUCUAUGGAAGAUUGGAUUGGCCCAUCAAAUGCAGUUGAAGGCUAUAUCCCGCAGAGAAAUAUCAGUUCGAAGCCUUUGCAUGCCAAGAAUCGCAAAGAAGGAUCCAAACCUAAUGAUGCCAAGCCAAAUAAGGGUAAUAGCAUGAUUUUUGAUGAGAUGGACUUCAAGAGUACUACAAUCACCCAGGAUGAGUACACUAUUUCAAAGUUGCCAACAGGUCCACAGACCACUACCGCCAAUGCUAAAUCCAAACAAUCGAAGGGAAAGGGUAGUCGUAAAAAAAUGGAGAAUAGUUUUACAAUAAUGGAAAUGCCACCUUCUCCAAUGCAAACUGAUUAUGAUAGGAAGUUAAAAGAACCAAAGGAAGAGAAAAGUAGCAUCGUCAAUAAUGCUGCUGAAGCGCAAGAGGAAUUCCGUGCUGUUAAAGGAGACCAUUCUUGUGCAAUCAUGCCCAAACCUUCCCUUAAAUCUGGAGGUGCAAAGAAACAGAUUCGCUCUGUGACUUGGGCUGAUGAGAGAGCUGAUGCUGCAGAAGUUGGAAAUCUCUGUGAAGUUAGAGAAAUGGAAAAUACAAAAGAUCAUGCUAAUAAAUCCAGCUUUCCGGGCAGGGGAGAUGAUGAUUAUUCAGUCCUAUUUGGAUCAGCAGAAGCCUGUGCUAUUGCACUGAGCCAGGCAGCGGAAGCUGUUGCUCAUGGAGAAUCUGACGUUCCUGAUGCAGUAUCUGAAGCUGGAAUCAUUAUACUGCCCCCUCCCCAUGAUGUGGAUGAAGAUGAAUCUCAAGGGGAUGUUGUUAUGCUUGAACCAGAAACAACUCGAUCAAAGUGGCCCGGAAAACCUGGGGUACCAAAUUACAAUUUGUUCGAAUCUGAGGAUUCUUGGUAUGAUAGUGCACCAGAGGGGUUUAGCCUGGUUCUAUCACCAUUUGCAACAAUGUGGAUGGCACUCUUUGCUUGGAUAUCGGCUUCUUCAUUGGCUUAUAUAUAUGGUCAGGAUGAUAGCUUUCAUGAAGAGUAUCUGUGCGUUAAUGGAAGAGAAUACCCGCGGAAAAUUGUGUUGACCGAUGGCCGUUCUUCUGAAAUUAAGCAAACUCUUGCUGACUGUCUUUCUCGGGCUUUACCAGGACUUGUUGCAGAUCUCAGGUUGCCAACACCAUUAUCUACGCUUGAGCAUCGAAUGGGAUGCUUACUGGAUACUAUGUCUUUCGUUGAUCCACUUCCCUCAUUCAGAAUGAAGCAGUGGCAAGUGAUUGUUCUUUUGUUUAUUGAUGCUCUCUCUGUUUCAAGAAUUCCAGCACUUAUUCCAUACAUGACCAGUCGAAGGACAUUGCUUAAUAAGGUCUUGGAGGGUGCACAUAUAAGUGCAGAAGAGUACGAGACGAUGAAGGAUCUCAUAAUACCACUCGGCCGAGUGCCCCAAUUCUCCACACAGAGUGGUGGUUGAUGAAAUUCACAAGCAUAUAUGUGAUGAGACCAAUGAACUAGCCGAAAUGCCGAUCAUGAUUCAAAUCGACGUGGAAGCUGGACAUCGUCAUUGAUCGACAGGUGUUGUUCGAUCUUCCUCUAGUACUAAAUCUUGUACAACUUCUGAUGACUUCUGGAUGUUGCAAGUAGUAUAUAGUGAUUAGGGAUGAUUUCCAAUUUUGUGAUUUUCUCUUCUGGGUUGUUUUUUUCCCUGUAGUUGGGGCAGUUGGAAAUAGAAACAGUACAAGGGAUGCUGGGGCAAUUGAACCAAAAUCCCACCUUUUCACUUGUGCGUGAAUCCCUUUUAACUUCUUGUAGGAUUUGUUACUUGUGUAUUGUGAGAUGUCUAGGAGUGAGUACCCACCUAGGAUAAGGCUGAAGAGCCGAAGAAAGGCAGGAAGUGGACCUACAAUGUAUGCUUAUCUUGUUCUGGAUACAUAUUGUUUGACUAUGAAA